CGCCGGCAAAAAAGGAGAGGUUUCUUUAUGGUGCUUGGAGAAGAAGCAGAGCGGAAGUCGGACGCCGGGCGGCGAUAACUUGUUGCACCAGAGACAACACUCUUGAUUCACAUCAUCCAUGAAUGACCCCAUGGCUCUGAGAGAGACAGAUCCUUGUGGCAGCUGGACUGUCGAUGGUGCUUCUAGCAGCAAUUCUGGCCCCAUGGAACCCAAGCUGAUGCCUCUUGGUGCAGAGAUGACUCCUGGAUUAGAGGAGCUGGAGCUGAUGGCCAAAAAAUCCAGCCUAAGAAAGGAUUCUCAUUCUGGGACUGGAAGUUUUGGGAAUGGCACAGGCAGUCCUGAAGAGGAGGACAAGAUUGUCAGGGCCAACCAUGCCAAUGGGCAACAUGAUCAAUCUCCCCCACAACUCAAUGAGGAUGGAAAAACAGCCUGCCAGCAACCAGGACCCCUUGAUGGUCUUCUUUUGGAAGCGAAGCUCUUGAGGCCUAAGAAACGGAAGCUGGUUCUGCACAUUGAUUUAAACAACACUAUCCUGGUGUCUGACAGACUGUUUAAUCAGGACAUCAAGGAAGCUCUAAAUAAUUAUCUGAGUACUGUGACCUGGGGAAAGGUCAAUCCUGCAGGCAAGUGGCAGUGGUUGAGCGAGUCUCCCUCACUAUUACCUCCUUGCCCAGACGCCGUGAGCUUUUACUCUCAGUUUCGCUACUGCGAAAUGUUCACUGAAGAGCCUCCAGGCCAGUGGUUCCGAGACCUCCACGCGCGCCACCUGAAGCUGCUGGAAUGGCAGGGCCAGCCUCACCCAGCCCUCUCCAUCCCCGAUCAUAUGGGGGUUGAGCGCUACCACUUUGUGCUGCCUUCCUUCUUCCAUCUCCUGCAGAGCCUGCACCAGGAAGGGAGGCAUUUUGCUGUCAUCUUCCGUACUUUUGGCGGAGAUCUGCCUCGUGUCUUGCAGGCGGUGCACUGCGCCCUUGAGGGAAAGCACCCCCACUUCCCUACGCUGCAGGACAUCUCGCUGCCUGUAGAUCUGCACCCAGGACAAAUUCGAUGCACAAAACAAAAGGUGAUAGUAAUCCCGGGAGGAGAGCGAGCAGAGCGGCUCCUCUGUGCAGCCAGCGACAGAGAAAUUUACAUGUACCUCAGCUCCAAAGAAGGCCUGUGUGGCUUCCAGGAUCACUUUCAGUGGUGGGCAAGAAAUCAGCACUCAAGUAAAGGUGGGAAGCCCCUUUGGAUUGAUCCUCACGAUGCAAACACCCAUCACAUCUUUAUUGAUGACAACAUUCGGCUAAGUGAUUCUGACACCAUCAUCCAGCCUCGGGUGUUCUGCAGGCAAGGAGACACCAGUGCCCAGAUAACACCCACCUCAGAGCUGUAUGGCAUUUGCCUGGUCCAGACAGACCUCCUGGAGGCCAUUGCCGAUACGAACUACUUCUGCCGCUGUAUAAGAAGGUGCGAGGAGAACUAUGAAAACUACUUGGCCCGUGCUGGGGGUGGCACAUAGGGGUGAGGCUGGUGGAAGGCUCUCUGCGGAGGGAGUCUCGAAGCCCUCAGUUUCCCCAUGCAGAGCUGGCAAAAGAGGAGGGACGUGUGCUGUUCCGUGCCGCCAGGCAUCCACGUUCCCAGCCGCACUGCUCCUUUGCGUACCUCCCAGUGGAGUCGGUGCCCCCUUCCCAACCUCCCUGCGUGUGCGCUGGGAAGGGAAUCCCAGACGCUCCUUUGGAACUGUCAGCAGUCCCAGAAAGUGCUCAGCAGCUUCUCAUUCUUUGGCCCCGUCUAAACGGAGCAUCCAGAAGUGGCUGCUUUGGAGCUGUUUUCUCGUACUUCAGAUUCAUUCAGAACCAGGGUGGCACUCAGAGACUUCCUUGCCGCCCAGGUGGCCGAUGACUGCCGCCGAGAGCUUGCAAUCAGUCCCCCUGUAUCAUGCUCGGUUGUGGUGCAGGAUAUCUGCUGGUCUGUUACAUGCCUUUCCCCAAACAUUAAAAUCAAGCCUGACUGCUCUGGUUUGUUCUUUAGUCAUGACAGCUGCUGACCUCAACAUGUGCUAAGCAGGCUCACGGGGGAGACAUUUCAGGGGUGAGUGCCUGCUUCUGGAUUAAUUAAAAGUCCAGAGGCUUAUGGAUGUCGGCAGUUUAGGGAAUUCUCCAUCUGUCCCUGUCCCAGGUUAUGGAGCUACCAAAUCUCUCAAACUCAGAAGGGAGAGACUGAAUCAUGUGCAGUUCUGAUGCCAUCUCUCUUUCUGUAUACAAAAAGUCCUACUUCCUUGGCAGGUGGCUCAACCAAAUUAAGCUUCGGACAUGGCUUAUUAUUGGCUUCUUGGAAGCAUCCAGUCGGUCACGGCUGGAAACAGGAAGAUAGACUUAAAUGGGCUUUUUGGCAGGGUUCUGGUUCUCUUUUAUAUUCUUUGAGGGCUUCUGGAAGGAGAGAAGCCCUGAAGAGACUUCCUCAAUUUGCCUUUCCUGCUCAUAUUUGCUAUAUGAAGAGGAUAAUUAAAAGAGUAAGUAGGGCAGAGGAAAGGAAGUAUCUGAGCAGUGGGGAGUUUUAAGUUCCGCAAGCUGGCAGCAAACAUAAGCAAUAUGCCCUAGAUCAAAGGGAGCUUGGAGGGAACGCCAUCUAGAAGGCUUUCAGCAACCUACAGAAACCCACGGGGUCCUGUGGACCAGAUACCUGCUGUGAAACAUUCUCUCUGUCAGACUUGGGCCUCUUCCUAGACUUAUACCAGCAUGUUGAAAAUACGGAUUGGGCGGAUCCAUGCAGCGUGUGUUAUAUGUGCUGGAGUGAUUUUGGGAUUGCUCCGCCGCACUUUCGGCUCCUAGCUGAGCCCACGUUUGAUUGCAUCAUUGUCAACGGGCUCCUGCAGCAGCAGACUGAAUGUCAGCUGUGCACCAAGCUGGGCGUGCAGAGAAGCAGCCCCCAAGUGCCUCCCAGCCACGCCAAAGCCACCCAAUUAUAAAGGUUUGGUCAUGGGAGCCAGCCCUCCUUGAGUAGGGCAUCUGCUGUUCCCUGUCUCCCAGAGGUGUUAAGGGGAGGAACAAGACUCUGGUGGGGCAAUUAGAAAGUGCUGUGUAAACAGUGCUUAUUGGUGAUUUACUCUGUUUGUUUUGAAGACAGUCCCGAUAGCAGUAGCUAAAUAUUGCACAAGGGAUUUCUUUACCAGCACAAUGCCAGCCUGGCACAGGGAAAGAAGCCGCAUGCUGAUCUCUGCAAAAACCCCACCGAGCCUCUCUUAAGGCUGUAUAGCCCCGUUCCUGCUUUUCCCGUCUCCCUCCUGCUGGUCCUUUGGAAGACUGUCCUUCCCCCUAUUUCUCAUCCCUGACAAGUGAAUGGCAGCUUUCUCCCUGAAGCCUCUCCUCAUCAAUUAUGAAUUCAGUUGCCAUCGAGACUGAGGGAUUAAGGCAGCUGGGAGGCUCUGCUUUUGCAGCUUGCCGCGCAAGACACCUGUGCGAAACUGGCACGCUGCAGCCUGUGGCUCUUGAGCGGUGAGAGGCUGCAAGGCUUAUGUCAGGCUGCUGUUUCGGAAGUGCCUCCUCGUGUGCAGAGCCACUAAUCAAUUAGGUGUGUAUAUGCUGAGAUCAUUCUUAUAAAACUUCAGAUUAAUUAAUCUGGAAGGAGUACCAUGCUUUUGAUUCCUUAACUCUAGUGACUGGGAAUGCAUACUCAAUACCUUUUAACAAGGGCUGUUUCCUACUUCACCAAUUUACCAUUAAAUAGGAAGAGCUGGAAGAAGUAGCUGUGUUCUCUCCCCCUGCAUCCCAUUGGAACGAUACCUUGCUGAUGUGAUUUUAAAUGCUGUUGGUGGUUGUGAAUAAAGAAAUCAACAUGGCAAUUAAUCAGCGGUAAAAUGGGAUAACGUAGAAGUAAAAUGCAAUUUCAAUUCCACUCUAACAUAAGUGAGCACUGAGGCAAGUCUUUAACCAUUCGGAUUAGGACUACAAAACUCCUUGACCGCAGAGGUUUAAUCAUGGGGAACUGUGACACUUGCUCCCUAGCGAGGCCUGUCACAGCACAACCCUGACCGGAUACUCUUUUUUACGGAUAAUCUGUUCAAGGAGCCACUUGAAUUCAUGGGAGUUAGUUAAUUUGGACGUUGUUGAAGUUGUAUGACUGCAUUGGAUGAGACUUUUGAUUAGCCCGCACACAGCAAAUACCUUGGGUUUCAGUAAGGAAAGAAAACUCUGUUAAAAAUCUAGAAAUAAAUAGUUUAGGGACCUGUGCCCUCUCUCUUGUACCUUAGAAGCACUGACAUUCCUCCCUUCUCCUUUCUUAUCUCAUACUGGAAGCUGACUUGUCGCUUUCCCCCACUCUGUGAAGCAGGCGGCUCUCUUUGAACUUUGUGCCCAAACCUUUUUUUUCUUCCAAGGGUCUGUAAUGUUCCUCCUGUAAAGAGUGUUGUAGUUGUGAGGGCCUAAAUGUUAGGCUGCCUCCUCCCCGGUGUCUUGGUGAUCAGAUAUGCGAUGUGAAUCCUGUGGUCAGAACUCUAGUCCCAGUCCCAGCACGGAGCCGUGGCGUGUAGAGGUAUGGGGGGCUGAAGUCUCUCCCCCAUCCUCCCAACCUUAAACAGCCUCAGGGAGCUGUUAUUUGCCCCACUGGGGAUACCUGCAUACAGGCAUAUCCCAUCAGUACAUAAGGUUUCCUCAGCAGAGUAUACAAUGAAUCCCUAGGGCCAUUUCUGAUCAGAAAAUCAGCAUGGGCGGGGAGGCUUAAGGCCCUCUCCCUGAAGAAGUGAGCUAUGGCUCAGAAAAGCUCAUACCUGUUGUGAGAAUUUUUCUGGUUUGGAUCGGAAAAUGGAGCUGCUAAAUUGUAGAGGUUCAGCACAAAACCAGCAUAGGCCAUGGCCAAACUCCCAGUGGGCCUUGGCGGCAGUGUUCUCUUCUGGCUGCGGGAAAGAGGUCUUUCACCUGGGAGUUUGCCAAAAGAGAGGUGAGGAAACAAACUGUUAAUUUGCACAUCUCACACGGCGGGGCCUCUGUCCUUUUGUAACUAAAUUGCUCUAUAAGGGUCCAGCUCUGGCUUAUCUCAAAAGGAUUAGAAAAACAAGAGAAACAAGGUCUGUCUUGGGGAAGUCUGAAGUUUUGUUGUAAUUUACAUUUCCAGAUGUUUGUACAUCAAAAGUAACUGUCUUGUGAACAAUGAUGUGUUGAUGGAUCGUUUGGGAACAUCCUCUGCGCAGGAAAUGUUACCCUGCUAUCAACAGAACAAAGUAAAAUGCAAUUUACACAUGCAAUAACUUCCCCAAACCAUUGAUCUUUUUCCUAUAAAAGAGUAGUGUCCCCGUUCGAUCAGGGCUGACCAUGCAAGCCAUCAGAGAGUGUUGUUAGCUCCUGGGACUUGCACCUUUCAGUAUGAGAAUUCUUGCUGCUUUUGGGUAGGAGAAAUUUCUGUCUUCGGGUUUGGCUUGUUUCUUCUAGGGGUUUUCCAUUUAUUGUUGUUUUAGUUUGUCAAGGCCCCGCGAGGUGCCUUUUGACUAAGUAAUCUUGCAUGUUUUGUUUGUAUUAAA